AUGUCCUACUACUCCCCGGAUGCCAUCCUGACAGACGCCCAGAAGGCACCCUGCACCUUCGAACUCGCCGUGCCACACCUCACAGCUCUCAAUGCCGGCUCCAAAAUUGAAAACGGCACCAAACUGGAACUCCCGCUUUGGCUCGCGGAAAUGCUGGCGGUAUCCCAGCCUUCAGGUUCUGGAUCUCUCGCAACGCUAGACAUGCCUCCGGCCCUAGGACAGCGGGUCGUGAACGCUUUGAGCGCGGAUCCGAAGUCGGUGGACGUCAGGGCGCAGGCGCAGUGGUUUUAUGGAAUGGGAGAGAGAAUGCUAGAGCUGUUUGACGAGGAGGAAUUGGCAGAAGUCUUGAGUGAUGUGAGUGUUACCCUCUGGCUACAUUAUGAGAAGCAGUGCUGAGAAUCUGUGCAGACCUUCAAGCAGCGAACUCUGGAGAUUGCGGACAAGGCGCAGAAUAUGAAAGUCGCAGUCAAUGAUUUUACCAAAGGUUUAGAUGAGAAUGAGAGGCAGCGUAAGUAUCCUCGUCUCUCUUGAGAAGGUCUAUAUUAAUCUGGUCUAGUAUUCAAAGCUGCGCAUGAGGGCAGCAAGGCUGUCAACGAAUGGUUUGGGAGUGCAAAGCUAGCAUGA